GCUAAAAAUAUCCAUGUCACGUGACAUACAAAGAAAAUGGCUGCGCCCAUGAAAAUAAAAACCUCCCACGAAAAAAUUGAAAAAGAGACAAAAUCUCUUCUGCAGGCGUGCAAAGACGUUCACAAAACUAUUGAUUAUGAAGACCCCUUCCUGAAGAGAUGUGAAGAAAAUUGUGCAAGAGUGCUGAGAAGUGAAGGAAAGACAGACACAGAUGUUGCUCAGCAACUAAAGGACUUUAGCCAGGCAUCCUUGGACCUGACAUUCUAUGAAGAGAACAACCUGGUAAAUGAAUCGUUUCCUGAGAAAGAUGGAAAACAAAGGCUGCAAAAACUACUUGAGAGUUUGACAAUGCCAGAAAAGUUGGUCGAAGAUCUAUUUCAAGGAGAGAAACAGGCGAAAGAUGUUUUAGGAGACGAGAUAUAUGAGUGUUUAUUAUGGAGACGUGGUGCACUACUCUACAUGUACUGUAGCAUCAUUCAGCCAAGGUCAAAGUCGGAUCCUAAUCAAUACCGACAGUGUCUUGAAGAUGGUGUUGACUAUUUGAUGAGGAUGCUUAAGGUACGGACUCCGAUAUUGAAAGAGAGGCAGGAUGUCACAACAAACGAUGAGGCUGUUUAUCAACUUUUACAAAAAGGAAUUUUCAGUGACACACAUGUACUGGCCAUGAUGUAUGCAGGCGAGAUGUGUCAUUGGCACUGGUCAGAUCCUGCUCCAUCUCAGUCAGACUUUGAUGCUAGAAACAUUGGCCGCAGUCUACUCAGCAAGUACAUCGAACUGGUCAAAGGACCGCUCAAGACAAUGGGCUGGAACUGUGAAAGAGCUGACCAACUCUUGAAAGAUGCUGACAAAUGAACAAGAAAAUUCUUAAUCAAAUUUAUAGUGCUCUUUUAAUCUAAAAAAACGUUUUGGUAAAAGUGCAUUUUGGAAUUAUUAUUAUCAUCAUGGUCACAACAGAAUACUCUUGGCUUUCCUGGUCAAAGACCAUCACUCUCAUGUGCUGCCAACUGGUACUUGGGAAGGGAAGCGUGGUGGCACAGUGUCGGACCUGUGGGUUUGAGACUCCGGCCACUCAGAACUUUGUUAUCUUCACUUUCCACAGGAAGUUUUCUGGAACUGGAUCAUACCCUCAUCAUUGUGGAUCUUACUCUCAUCAUUGUGGAUCUUACUCUCAUCAUUGUGGAUCAUACCCUCAUCAUUGUGGAUCUUACUCUCAUCAUUGUGGAUCAUACCCUCAUCAUUGUGGAUCUUACUCUCAUCAUUGUGGAUCUUACUCUCAUCAUUGUGGAUCUUACUCUCAUCACUGUGGAUCUUACUCUCAUCACUGUGGAUCUUACUCUCAUCACUGUGGAUCUUACUCUCAUCACUGUGGAUCUUACUCUCAUCACUGUGGAUCUUUCUUGUGGUUGAGAAUAUUCAGCAGCGAGAAAGGUUUAAUUGAUCACACAAUAUUACUGUUUAUGAAUGUAGUAUCAUAUUCAAUAGCAAUAAUAAACAAUGAACUCUUAUAGAA